AUGAAAACAUUCAAGGAUGCAUGCAUACGUCGACAGCUUCUAACAGAUGAUAGGGAAUGGGACCAUGCCAUGACUGAGGCCACAACCUUUCAAAUGCCACAACAACUUCGCACCCUCUUUGCUACAAUCCUGAUCUACUGCAACCCACAAAAUGCUCUCCAGCUCUGGGAAAAGCACAAAGAUGCAAUGACAGAAGACUUCCUGGACCUCCACCACUUGCCACCUGACAGAGCAGAUGACAGAGCCCUUGCCCACAUCAGCACCAUAUUAGAGCAGAACAGUUUGACAUGUAGUCACUUCGACCUUCCCGAACCAAACACAAACCCAGAGGUACCAGAUUUGCAUACUGUUCCCGAGUACGACUUGGAACAUGAGCGUAAGGAAGCAACAAGACUGUGUAACAUGCUCAACACAGAACAACGCAAGUUUGUCGACCAGAUCCUUCAAGACCAUGCAGACAUCACCAGUCACCAACAACAGAAAUGCAGAGCAUACUUCCUAGAUGGCCCAGGGGGAACAGGCCAAACCAUGUGCUACAACACGCUCAUUGCCAGCCUCCGCGGUCAAGGAGAGGUUGUUGCACCAUGCGCUUGGACAGGAAUAGCAGCCACCCUACUGAAUGGAGGACGUACAGUCCACAGCCUGUUUAAACUUCCAGUGCCUGUUCCAGACAACAGUGUUUGCAACAUAAAACCAACUUCCAAACAUGCCCAAUAUCUUCGGAAAAUGGCAAUGUUCAUCAUUGAUGAGGCAUCCAUGAUUCCAUCCAAUGCCCUUAAAGCCAUAGACAGGAUGCUCAGAGAUAUCACAGAGACAGACAUUCCAUUCGGAGGCAAAAUUUUCAUCCUAGGAGGAGACUUCCGACAAGUCCUGCCCGUUGUUCCGAGGAAGCCACCAGCAGUCAUUGUCGAAAAUUGCCUCAAGCGCUCACCUCUGUGGCCAAUAUUUCAGAUACACCACCUCACGAAGAACAUGCGAACUCAGCACAAUGAACAGCACUUUGCAGAAUGGUUACUCGCACUAGUGGUCACACAAAAUAUUGCAGACGAAGUGUUCAGCAACAUACAAAAUCCAAGACUUCUAGCAGACACUGUCAUCCUCACUCCCACCAACGAACAUGCUCUUCGAAUAAAUGAUGAAAUCACACACAAGAUACCAGGCACAACAAAACUCUACACAAGUGCAGACAAGAUCGUAUGCGAAGAUGAACGCGAAGCCCUACAGUAUCCACUGGAAUUCCUCAACUCGAUCACACCCACAGGCAUGCCACCACACAGACUGCUUUUGAAACCAGGCGUCAUCAUUAUGCUCCUCCGUAACCUGGACAUCAAGAAGGGCUUAUGCAAUGGAACAAGACUUAUAGUCAGACACCUCCACACACACGUUAUAGACGCAGAGAUUCUCACUGGUGCCAACAAAGGCGAUUACGUGCUUAUACCAAGGAUUAAAUUGGCCCCUUCAGAUGCUCACCUGCCCUUUAUUCUAGAAAGAACACAGUUCCCAAUCAGAGUCAGUUACUGCAUGACAAUCAAUAAAGCACAAGGCCAAACCUUCGACAAAGUAGGAUUGUACCUUCCAACCCCUGUCUUCAGCCACGGACAGCUCUACGUAGCUUUCUCAAGAUCACGUCGCUUCACAGAUAUAACAGUACAAAUCAAUCCCACAACAAAACAAGGCUUCCACAAUGAGAAUGCAAUCACCCAAAAUGUUGUCUACCAAGAAGUACUUUAA